AUGGCGGAUAGGUCGCGAUUAAAAUGGGGCCGUCGGAGACCGUUUAUGAUUGCGGGGACGGUUAUGGUGUUUUUUAGUCUAUUAGUUUUGGGAUGGACUUCGGAGAUUGUGGGAUUGUUUGUGAAGAAUGACGAGGAUCGGCAUAAGAAUGCGACGGUGGUUGUGGCGGUACUUUCGAUUUACGUGCUUGAUUUUGCAGUCAAUGCUGUACAGGCGAGCUGUAGGGCAAUUAUAGUGGAUACGUUAUCGAUACGACGGCAGCAGCAAGGGAGCGCUUGGGCGAGCCGUAUGAUUGCUGCUGGAAAUGUGAUCAGUUAUCUUGCUGGUUCUAUAGAUCUGGUCGGUAUCUUCGGGCACUGGUUUUUAGGAAAUACUCAGUUCAAGAAACUAUGUCUUAUAUCCUCUGUCAUCCUUGGUGGGACCGUCGGCCUUACAUCGUGGGCUGUUACUGAAAGAGUGUUACUAUCGAGGAGAGAAUCCGAUACUAAGGAAGGUAUCUUUCACAUCUUCGUAGUAAUCUACCAAACACUCUUCAGCCUCCCCAAUCGUAUCCGUGCGAUUUGUUUUAUUCAAUAUUUCGCCUGGCUCGGCUGGUUCCCUUUUCUUUUCUUUUCUAGCACCUGGGUCGGCGAAGUCUACCAACGAUACGACCAGACAAAACAUCCCAAGGAGGACGGCGACCGACCUAAAGAUGCCGUUGCGGAUAUAGCACGAGUAGGGAGCAUGGCUCUCGUGCUAUUUGCAAUUGUUUCGCUGUUGGGGUCUAUAACCCUCCCAUGGAUAGUAAAAUCGCCUCCAUCAGAUACGGAACAUAAACGACGGCCGCCGAAGAUUGCAUUGAUCACAAAGAUCUUGAGGGCUAUCAAGCCGUUCAAGCCGUCGCUUACUAUGGCAUGGAUGGUGUCACAUAUAAUCUUUGCAGUUGCGAUGUCUUUGGCCGUAUUUGCCGAUUCCUUGAAGUUUGCGACGGUACUCGUUGUUUUAUGUGGAAUACCAUGGGCGAUAACCUGCUGGGCACCGUUCGCCAUGUUAGGCGAAGAAAUAAACCGUAUAAGCCACGGUUCCGAUGCAGACCGACUAAUGAGCCAAUCCGGUGAAGUAUACAACCGCCUCCAGCAGCUCGCCGACGAAGAAGCAGACGCAGAUCACGAAGAACGACAACGGUUAAACAAAGAAAACGACGACUCUGGCUCCGAUGAAGAGGACAAUAACCGAGAGCUUGAUAUCGGUCGUACCAGCCACAGCGGUAGUAACACUCAUACCCCUCGUCGCUCGGACAUAGAAUCUGGAAACCUGAGUCUUCGAAUCCCACCGCGCAGUCCCGGCGGCGGCAGUAGCAGCGCUGUUAGUGAUGACGGUACCAUGUCGCCAACGCUUCAUAUUGUUCAAACACCUGAAUUACAAACCGAAGAAGGGCAGAACUCGUCGACUGGUGAACUUGCGGGUAUUUAUCUUGGUAUAUUGAAUUUAUUCAUUACGCUCCCGCAGUUCGUAGGGAGCUUUGUCAGUUUUGUUGUCUUUGCUAUCUUGGAGCCUGGGAAGAGCCCGGAACUUGCUGAAGGGGGGGAUCAAGUACCCACGGAACCGAAGAAAGGGGUCAAUGCUAUCGCUGUUACAAUGUUGAUUGGGGGGCUUGGGAGUAUUGUUGCUGCAUGGCGGACAUGGAAGUUACCGCAGGUUAGAUAA